GUGAGGUCAGGUUCUUAUUUAAGUUGGCAAAGACACGAGCCAGUCCUUAAUUUAACUGUUAGUUUUCGUUCGUUUGAAGCUCGUUUAGCUUGCGUGUAAUAGGUAAAAACAAGGCGUGAAGAGAUGCACACAUUAAUUAUUGUCUGUGCGUUACUCGUGUCCGCAGAGGCAACGCGUGGCGUCUUCAAAGAGGACAUAAAACAUGUGUCCGCAAUGUACCCACAUUUUGGUUCGUUUGAGAAAAUACGCCCUAAUGCGAAAAACAUGUGGCAUCAGUCACACUUGAGCGACCCUUACAGCCUUAACAACUGGAACGAGAUGCCAGGAGUUGAACUGCGAAUACGUCGAGACGGAAUCUUUGGCAAUUUCGAUCCAAAUGCUUUCAAUUCUCAGAUUGGAUCCAAUUUUAAUCCAAACACUUUUGGAGGCGGAGGAUCUUCGGGAAGCAGUUCUGGAAGUGGAUCGUCAGGAUCCUCCAUGUUUGGUGGUGGUUCAAUGUUUAAUCCGAACGCCAUGAUGGGGAGUAUGAUGGGAGGCGCGUCAGGCGGUACUUCUGGAACUCAACAACAGACAACCGGUAGCGCACUGCCGACACAGGGAACCAGUCAGGUCACGUCUAUUUCAGGGACAGCUUCCGGUGGUUUUGACCCAAAUAACGCAGGGACAGGAGGGGCUGGUGGAUUCAAUCCGAACACCGCUGGAACUGCUUCAGGGGGCAGUGGAAUGGUGAGUGGUGCUGGAGCUAAUAAGCCUCCGGGAGUCUCUUCCGGUGGAGUUAGUUCCGGAAGUAUGCCAAGUUAUGAUCCUAACAAUGCCGUCAACACAGGUGCCAAGUAUGACCCUAACGCUGCGAACUCUGGAAUGGGUGGCAGUGGAGGUGCAUCGCCGUCUUUUUCAAACGGUAUGGGAAUGAAUGCCUCACAGCAAAUGCCUGGCGGAUCUCAAUCUGGAACAUCGGGGAGUGGCGGGGUCACAACAUCCGGUUCCUCUGGCGGAAUAAAUCCUGCAAGUGGGUUUGGAAGUGCAACGUCUGGUUCGGCUCCAGGUUCGCCGUCUGGUUCAAGCAGCGUUGGCGGUUCGUCGUUCGGGUCUGCAAGUGGUGGAACUGGCGCCCCGCAAACUGGAACAGCCCCGGGAACCGGUGGAAAUACAGGAACAGCCGCUGGUGUAGGUCCAGUGUCACAGGGCGGCGGCAAUACACAGUCGGGUGGCUCUGCUGGAGGCACUGGCGGGCCGAACUUUGAUCCAAACUCAGCCAACUCCAUGGCAACGUCUGGGUUCAAUCCGCUUAAUCCGAUGAUGGGAAAGGAUAUGUCUGUGGUAAUGGGUCCACAGACUCAGGCGGGAGGCAACAACCCCGGCGGUUUCGAUCCCUCGUCCAUGAACGCUGCACUGGGGUCGCAAGGCAUGAGUCUCAACAUGUUUGGAGGCGCUGGAGGACAAACAGAUCUGAACAAGGCGGACGCUGGAAGCUUGAUGACGGGCGCACAGGGCAUGAUGGCGGGGUCCAACACUCUGCUGGGAGGGGGUAACGCCGUCCUAGGAGCUGGUUCAGGGACGGGAGGAACUUCCGCUCCCAGUGCUUCAAACUUCGAUCCAAAUCAGAUGGGGAGCACCACGAGUCCCAGCAGCGGAGGCACAAAUAGCGGCAAUGCUGGUGGAAUGAAUGUGUUCGAUCCCAAUGCUAUGAUGGGAGGUGGUUCCGUUAACCCGAUGAUGCCGGGCGGUGGCAUGAACCCUAUGAUGCCGGGCGGGUCUAUGACGGGAGGAACAUCCGGUACUCGUGAUUCCAGUGGGGGCUCAAACCCUGCCAAACCCGCGGCCUCUCCACUUGAUCCGCUUGGGGCCAUGACAGGUGGUGCUAAGAACUUUUCUGGUGGUGGCAGUCUGAUGGACCCUAUGGGUUUCAUGAAUGGCGGUGGUCUGACUGGGUCCAUGGGCAACACGUUCUCCGUAAAUGGCCGCAGAGCCGUGCGACCCAUCCCAGUUGACAAUGGAAGGGUUUCACGUGAGGCGUCACCUAUAUCUGGUGGAAACGUCAUUGACCUUCUGCGCACAUUGGGGACCUACAAUCCGAUGGACCCCAUGGGCUUCAUCUUCAAAGGUAACAACAAGGAUUAUACCUCAGGCAAUGGAGUGGACACGCCCCCGUACGACCCGGACAAUUUUGCCUAUUUGUAUGCUGGUUCCGGGUAUAGCCCAAAGGGUUCACAAUUCAUGAGCGACCCGUCCUUCAUCCCCAGUGAGAUCAAUGCCGAAUCUUUGGACCACUCGCCCAACUACUCCUCCAAUACCCGGACCGCCACGGUAGACGUCGGCAGUGUUAGCUCUCCCACCCAACCCUCUCAAGUAGGAAAUAAGGACAGUUUUGGAAACGCCGAAAGUAACGCCAAUGAAAAUCCAUUAUCAAGCAGACCGUCAAUAUCUGCGGAUCAGCAAAUACAUGGAAUAGUUUCCCAGUCACUCCCAGAAGGUAUAUUUGAAGGUCUCAACUUAAAUGCCAGUUACAUGUUUCCUGAAACGCACUACAGUGGCCAACCAGGAAUGUUAGGGAUAGGUGCGCAAUUUUCACUAAAUGAAGUGAAACCAGAAAUAACCGGAAAUAUAGAAUCUCAAUAUAUCCCACAAAAUAUAAAGAAUGCGUCUGAAACAAUCAUUAACGAGCCGGUGUAUAGCGGCUUUCCGGGCAUGAAAGGUUCAGACAAACAAGACCAAGGUUCAGUGGGAGACGCAGUUAGGAACAUGAGCGGCAACUUCCAGCCUCAGUACGCUGGGGUGCCGGGUAUGCUCGGGUAUGGACAAAUGACCAGCAUGGAUCGCGAUUGGACAGGUUCCGGGCUGACAGAUGCUGACGGAACAUCAAGUGGAUCAUCUAGAAACACUGGAGCUCACAGUUACUCGAACAAUCAGAACAAAGCCGGGUCGUUUCAAGCCACAGGAGGACCAGGUUCGCUCGGAACAGGCAUGGUUCCUUUUGGCGUCAACGAGAACAACUGGAAAGGAGAGUGGCCAGGUAAAACGGAUGCGGGAGGCGACUGGUCCGGGGAUUGGGCAGAGAAGUGGCCAGAGAGUGCAGCCGAGGCAGGUAGCAGCGCGGGGCAGUCAAGACAGCCGGUCAAUCAUGGAGAAGGAAGCGUUAGUACUCAUGGUGGAGCUGACAAACCCGAAUUAACAGCGAUGGAAACCACCCUGUCUGCGCUACAGCGACUGAUGACAAUGCUUGACAUGGUCCCUAGCAACAUGGCCGCCACACAAAACAGUGCUCCCUCGGCUAACCCAAGCUCCAGAUCAUAGACUCACGCAUCACAGGAUAGGGGUUUGAGACACUUCUACAGCAAGAAGACCGUGUUGAAAUGAUAUAACAAUCUAGAUAUACAAAGCAUAAUUGUAUCGCAAACGUUUUAACAACUAAGUAAACAUAUAAAAAGCA